CCCCCGGCCGCCUCCUUCUCCCCGCCGCCACUCGGCUGCCGGCCCCGCCGCUGCCGCUCCUCCCCUGCUCGGCGGUUUGCGGCUCUCCGCCGCCGCUCUCCCCUCAGCGGCGGGGCCGUGGCGAGCAGGGCUCCCCGCGGCCGGCUGGGCAGCGCCGCCGCCGCCGCCGUCCCCUUCUUCCUUCCCUUUCCCCUUUCCCUUUUUUUCCCCCGUCCCUUUCCCCCUGCAUGGCGGCCGCCCCGCGGCCCUAGGCAGCCCCCCGGCGCGGCAGCAUGGCGCGGGGCGGAGGGCGGCGGGAGGAGGCCGCCUCCUUCACCACCUCCUCCACCUCCUCCUUCACCACCACCACCGCCUCAGCCUCAGCCGCCCGGGGCCGGGGGCCGCUGGGCCUCGUGUGCCUGGCGCUGCUGUGCGGGCUGGGAGCCGCCGAGGCGGAGUUCGCCAUCCUGGAGGAAGCGCAAGUGGUGGCGGCGCAGAUGAGGAAACUGGCCGCCGAGGAGCUGGGGGUCGUCACCAUGCAGAGGAUAUUCAACUCCUUUGUGUACACGGAGAAAAUAUCGAAUGGAGAAAGUGAAGUUCAACAGUUGGCAAAAAAAAUCCGUGAGAAGUUUAACCGUUACUUGGAUGUCGUGAACCGAAACAAGCAAGUAGUGGAAGCGUCGUACACCGCUCACCUCACGUCGCCCUUGACUGCAAUCCAGGACUGCUGCACUAUUCCACCAUCUAUGAUGGAAUUCGAUGGCAACUUUAACACCAACGUGUCCAGAACGAUCAGCUGCGAUAGACUGUCCACCACUGUCAACAGCAGAGCCUUCAAUCCCGGGCGUGAUUUAAAUUCUGUUCUUGCUGAUAAUCUGAAGUCAAACCCGGGGAUUAAGUGGCAGUAUUUCAGCUCAGAAGAAGGCAUUUUCACCGUUUUCCCAGCCCACAAGUUCCGGUGCAAAGGCAGCUACGAACACCGCAGCAGGCCCGUCUACGUUUCUACUGUCCGACCUCAGUCCAAGCAUAUCGUCGUCAUCGUGGACCACGGGGCUUCGGUCACUGAGACACAGCUUCAGAUUGCCAAAGAUGCUGCUCAGGUUAUUCUGAGCUCUAUAGAUGAACACGACAAGAUCUCUGUGUUAACCGUGGCAGACACAGUAAGAACCUGCUCGCUGGAUCAGUGCUAUAAGACGUUUCUGUCUCCUGCCACUAGUGAGACAAAAAGGAAGAUGUCCACCUUCGUUAGCAGUAUAAAGUCAUCUGACAGCCCUACACAGCAUGCAGUAGGAUUUCAAAAGGCUUUCCAGUUGAUACGAAAUACAAACAAUGGCACGAAACUCCAAGGAAAUACUGAUAUGGUCAUCAUUUAUCUCUCGGCUGGGAUCACAUCGAAAGAUUCCUCAGAAGAUGAUAAAAAGGCGACUCUACGUGUCAUCAACGAAGAAAAUAGUUUCCUCAACAACUCCGUAAUGAUUCUCACGUACGCGCUUAUGAAUGAGGGAGUGACAGGUUUGAAAGAACUGGCCUUCCUGCGAGACUUGGCAGAGCAGAACUCGGUGAAGUACGGGGUGCCGGAUCGAACAGCUCUGCCAGUGAUCAAGGGCAGCAUGAUGGUCCUAAACCAGCUGAGUAACCUGGAAACUACGGUUGGCCGAUUCUAUACCAACCUCCCCAACCGAAUGAUUGAUGAGGCAGUCUUCAGCCUGCCUUUCUCGGAUGAAAUGGGAGAUGGCCUGAUAAUGACUGUAAGUAAACCAUGUUACUUUGGAAACCUGCUGCUGGGGAUUGUUGGAGUAGAUGUUAAUCUUGCAUAUAUCUUGGAAGAUGUCACCUAUUACCAGGACUCAUUGGGUUCCUACACGUUUCUCAUCGAUAACAAAGGAUACACCCUUAUGCACCCAUCCCUCACCAGGCCCUAUCUGCUGUCUGAGCCACCGCUCCACACAGAUAUUAUACAUUAUGAGAACAUUCCUAAAUUUGAGCUGGUGCGGCAGAACAUCCUGAGCAUUCCCCUGGGCAGUCAGAUCAUUACGGUUCCUGUGAACUCCUCACUGUCUUGGCAUGUAAACAAACUGAGAGAAAUUGGGAAAGAAGCCUACAAUGUCAGCUAUGCCUGGAAAAUGGUCCAGGACACCUCCUUUAUUCUGUGUGUCGUGGUGAUACAACCAGAAAUACCCGUAAAGCAGCUUAAGAAUCUCAACACUGUCCCCAGCAGCAAGCUCCUGUAUCAUCGACUGGAUCUGCUGGGCCAGCCCAACGCCUGCCUGCACUUCAAGCAGCUGGCAACCUUAGAAAGCCCUACGGUAAUGCUCUCUGCAGGCAGCUUCUCUUCUCCUUACGAACAUCUCAGCCAGCCCGAGACAAAGCGGAUGGUGGAACAUUACACAGCGUACCUCAGCGACAACACACGCCUGAUUGCUAACCCUGGCCUUAAGUUCUCUGUCAGAAAUGAAGUAAUGGCUACCAGUCACGUCACAGAUGAAUGGAUGACACAAAUGGAAAUGAGUAGCCUGAACAGUUAUAUUGUGCGCCGUUACAUAGCAACCCCCAAUGGGGUGCUCCGAAUUUACCCCGGUUCCCUCAUGGACAAAGCAUUUGAUCCCACCAGGAGACAAUGGUACUUGCAUGCAGUGGCUAAUCCAGGGCUAAUUACCUUUACUGGUCCCUACUUGGAUGUUGGAGGGGCAGGCUAUGUCGUUACCAUCAGUCACACAGUCCAUUCUUCCAGCGCACAGAUGUCUUCGGGGCAUUCAGUGGCUGUGAUGGGCAUUGACUUCACCCUGCGGUACUUCUACAAGGUUCUCAUGGACCUGCUCCCCGUUUGUAACCAAGACGGAGGAAACAAAAUCAGGUGCUUUAUCAUGGAGGACAGGGGGUACCUCGUGGCACACCCAACCCUCAUCGACCCCAAAGGACACGCGCCGGUAGAGCAGCAGCAUAUUACGCAUAAGGAGCCGUUGGUAGCAAAUGACAUUCUUAACCACCCAAACUUCGUGAAGAAAAACCUCUGCAACAGCUUCAGUGACAGAACAGUUCAGCGGUUUUAUAAAUUCAAUACCAGCUUAGUGGGAGAUCUGACAAACCUUGUCCACGGCAGUCACUGCUCCAAGUACAGGCUGACGAGGAUACCGGGCACCAAUGCCUUCGUGGGAAUCGUCAACGAGACCUGCGACUCGCUUGCUUUCUGUGCCUGCAGCAUGGUGGACAGGCUCUGUCUGAACUGCCACAGAAUGGAGCAGAACGAAUGCGAAUGCCCGUGCGAGUGCCCUCUGGAGGUAAACGAGUGUACUGGCAACCUCACCAACGCCGAAAGCAGGAAUCCUAGUUGUGAAGUGCAUCAGGAGCCAAUGACUUUCACAGCAAUCGAUCCCAGCCUCCAGGAUGCUCUCCCGCAGUGCAUUAACACGCAGUGCAAUCAGAGGACAGAGAGCGGGGAUUGCUUUGGUGUCUUGGACUGUGAGUGGUGUAUGGUAGACAGCGAUGGGAAGACCCAUCUGGAUAAGUCCUAUUGUGCCCCGCAGAAGGAAUGCUUCGGUGGCAUUGUGGGAGCCAAGAGCCCCUAUGUGGAUGACCUGGGAGCAAUAGGAGAUGAGGUCAUCACUCUGAACAUGAUCAAAAGUGCACCAGUCGGGCCAGUGGCUGGAGGCAUUAUGGGCUGCAUUAUGGUGCUUGUCCUAGCAGUAUACGCCUAUCGCCACCAGAUACAUCGGAGGAGUCACCAGCACAUGUCACCUUUGGCUGCACAGGAAAUGUCAGUGCGUAUGUCGAACCUGGAAAAUGAUAGGGACGAGAGAGACGAUGACAGCCAUGAAGACAGAGGAAUCAUCAGUAACACUCGAUUCAUCGCAGCGGUAAUAGAGCGGCACGCCCACAGCCCGGAACGCAGACGCCGAUACUGGGGUCGAUCAGGAACAGAGAGUGACCACGGCUACAGCACUAUGAGUCCUCAGGAAGACAGUGAAAAUCCUCCAUGCAACAACGAUCCGUUGUCAGCUGGUGUUGAUGUUGGAAACCAUGAUGAAGACUUAGACCUGGAUACCCCACCUCAAACAGCUGCCCUGUUGAGUCACAAGUUUCACCACUACCGUUUGCACCACCCAACUCUUCACCACAGCCACCAUUUACAGGCCGCAGUCACGGUACACACUGUGGAUGCAGAAUGCUAAUGAACAACAAAAGAAAGAAAAACUGGUGAACAACGAUCCAUGCAGCACUGGGCAGCCUUGUUCUGUGCUUUUUACCAGGAACAAUUUAGCUAACUUCCUGAGUAAAUUGUUAGGCAUAAAGCUUUACAUUUUUAUAAAUGUAAGGUUGGCUCAGAACUGGAAGGGAAAUGUGCUUGAUGAAUGGACCUGCCAUAACAUUUAAUAAAAUGGAGCAGGAGGCACAUUAGACCUCCAAAAACAGGGAUGCAAGUUUAUACAGCAGCUGAAGCUUUGGAAGCCCUGUUAUGCUGAGCCAAGAGAAGAGAGAGCUUAAAAGAGCCAGAGAUGAUUUGGUUUCCUUAACUGGAAGAGCAGAAAACUCUGCAGCUGACUAAAAAGGUGCCAGACAGAGAGGGCGGGGGAAAAGCCUGUCAGGGUUCUCUGCAGUUUUUUUGCUUGUCGAAAGUUCGUUGCUCAGACAAUUGCUGUAUGGAACCUGGGACAAUGCAUCUCAAGAUUUUUAAGUAAAGGAUUAUUUUUCUACUAUUUAUUGAACUUGAAACUCUGGGGGGAGGGAGAGGAGAAAACAUGUUAGCAAUUUUCAACAACUACCACAUAUAUUCUCUGAUGGUGAAGUGGUUCUUCUGAGGAAGACGUCUGUUUCUUAUUAGCUGAUAUUCAUCCACUGCCCCACUCUGCAAAAGGGAAAAUGAAGAAGUAGUCUCUGACAUGUUUACAUUAUGAAUGCUUUCUUCUCCACAAUUGUUUUCUGUAAAUUUUACAACCGGAUUUACAUUACAGUAUUUUCUUCCUAUUUGCAGAGGAGAAAUCCUGUACUUUGUUACUAAAAUUCUGAGAAUUCUGCCCAUAAAUCUCUCCAUCUUAACCUCUUUGGUCAUCCUUAAAGGAUUCCUUUUUGAAAGUAACAAAGGGUUUAUUUAGCUUUGGUUACCGGAGAAUUCCAAAUGAAAUCUGUGCCAUUUUUGUGUUUCUUUAGGAAACUGUCAGGAUCAGAAGUAGGGAUAAACCAGUGUUUUGUACAACUUGGGUUACUGUGGAAGGUAUCUUUUUGAAAUCAUAAUUAUAAGCUGCUGCUGUUUGUCUGGAAUUUAACAUUGCUUGGUAAUUCAAACGAAGAUUAAUCAAUCUGUCUACAACACAGGGCAUCAUAAUUAUAAAUUAGUUUUAAAUCACAGUGUUGUACUUUAGAUUCACAUUUUGUGAUUACAGUGAUAUAAAAACAUUCUUGCACUGUGCAUAUGAUAAACAUCCAUUUAUAUGUAGUUUUUUUAAAUCACUUGUUUUAAUUAAUAUGGUACUUAAUACUGUAUUAUGUAAAAAAAAAAAUUGGUUCUUAAACAUUACGGUAAAAUAACUAUAUGUGUGAUAUCAGGAUACCCCUUUAUACUAUGUAUAAAUUUAAAAUCUCUAGUGAAAUAAACUGUAUAUAACGUAUAGUUCUGUGGAUAACUGGCUAGAUUGAUAUUAUUCGGUCUCAAUUUCCUUUAAUUUUCUGGCUGAGUGAGUGCUAUAUCAGGAAUGAAGCAUUUUAUCAGGAUCCUCUUGGUUUUAUCUUGAAAGAUCUAAGCUUUACAUAUAAAUGACAGUAUUGAUGUAUGAUUUAAAGUUGUUUUUUUUCUUUUUUUAGCCUGUUAUUGUUUGGGAAGUGAAUAAUUUUGAAGUGGUCAGUGACUCUGUAGGCUCACCGAAGCUAAUUGUUUAUUUUUUCUUAUGUGUUACUGAAAAGUCAGAUGCAUUGGAUUUGUCAUUCUGCUGUGUUUUGUGUAAGAGGGGGUUGUGUGUUUGUUUUUUUUUUCAUUUGGUUGGUUUUUUUUGCUGAUGAGACAGCUGUACAAAUCUAUUAAGCACCGUUUUAUGUUUUCAAAGGGCUGAAUCUGAUGUCCUGUAACAGUUUAUGGUUCAGUCUGUAGACCCAACUUGCUAGAAUCUCCAAUUUUGAAUCUAAAAUGACACUGGCUGUUGGGCAGUGCACAAAGUGGUUGUUUUUUCAGGUUUGACUUUAAAAUAAAAUGGAUUAUCUUAAUGUCACUGCUUGGCCAAACAAAAACAGUGCACAGCCAAGAGGCAAAAUUUGUAAGCAUGAAGGGAAAAUAACUUUCAAUGUGGAAACUGUUGAACUAUGUGUAAGUUUAAUAGAAGUUUGUGUAAAACACCAGGCAAAAUGCUUUGUUGAUGCGUCCUAGUCCUGCAGCACUCAUAAAGGUGAUUUCAUUAAGGUUCAGAGGUAAAUGAGAUUUGAAGUUCUAGCCAGGACUUUAUCUGCUUGAAUCCAUGAAUGUAACAAAAGAAGACUUUCAGCCAAAAGUUGCUACGUGACAGAAGUGUCCCCAGAAUUUACCGACUUGUAAAACAGAAUUUAAAUUUUAUCUUGUCCAUCUACAUGUGAAGGAAUCUCACUGUGCUGUGCAAGUUCUUGAAAUCAAGUAUUUGCUCCCCAGUAAUAGUUUUUUUUUUUUUAGGGCUAGCAGCAUUAGAAUUGUUUUCUUGCAUAUAUUAUAACAAAAAAAAUAAAGAAAAGUGCACCUUUGGCUAGAUCUGCACUUGCCUGCCUGCUCUGAUGCCAGUCUUAAUUUACACCAGGACACACAGACUGUUCCUGAUUCAUGGGGUCUGGACAGCCUUGCUUAUGCCUGAAGUAAUGAGAAGAGACGAAGCUGUUGCUAUUAAGGAGUAAUUAAGGAAAAAAUACACAUCUAGAGGUGUGUCGGGUCACAAAUUCAAGUGCUGACAGCUAACCUUGUUACAGCAGGAAUACAUUUAACGCUGAUAAAGACACUGCUGUUCGUUGAUGUAGUCAAGGUUUCUAAGAAGCUGCAUGAUAGCACCACCAGUUUUAUUGCAGGUACUGCCGCCAUGGCCUUCCCUCCCCGUAAUUAUUUUAUUGUGUUGACUGAGGAACAAAACGAGCAGUUAUUUGCCUGACAUGGAUUUGUAUCUUGUAUCUUCCUUACCUAUAACCGGUAGAUAUCAUGGCCAUUGUUUUUUUUACUUGUUUCAUAUCUGAAACGUAAUUAUCUUAUUUUCCUGUAUGUUUUAUUUCAUUCUUCCAGGAAAAAAAAAAUUGAAGUUUUUUUUUUUUUAUUACAACGAGUUUUGCCUUUGGUUUGUAUUCACUAGAGAUAAAUAGACUUAAUGCUGUCAGUCUGGGAGCACUGCAGUGUAUUGACUUUUCCUAUACGUAACAAGCAGGUUAUCCAUCUACAAAACCAGUUAGCCUGCAUAGAGAUGGAAGCUGUUCACGUGUUCAGAAUACGCUGC